GUGUGAAGCCCCGCCCAUUGGUAAGCCUACCGCACAACAGUGCUGCAUUCUAUAUAGUCUCCAAACGUAUCGUGUGGUUUAUUCGGACGGCAACGUAAAGAUCAGAUGCCUCAGUGACCAGAUGCUGUCUGAAACGUUUGGAUGUCCAGGUUGUGUUGCAGGUCUUUGUAUAGACUGAAAUGGAGAAGAAAGACUUGAAUAAGUGGCCCGAGGGUGAUUCACAGCCAGGUUACUUCUCCACUUGCAAAUGUAUGACUUUAGCUGCCAUAUUGAUUCUUUUCAUCAUCGGGGCUGCUGUGGGUUUUAUGACAGCUUACUUAAUACAAGAGGAACAUUAUUUCAUGGAGACAGUGGAAUUGCAAGGGCUCAGUUAUGAUCCAGAUCUGAGUGAUAAAACAUCAGGAUUCUAUGUAGUUCUGACUGCGACUCUGAAAGAAAAGAUCAGGAAUAUCUUUAGCGCCUCUGCAGUAGCAAGUCACUUUAUUGACUGCCAGAUAGUUGCAUAUGGGAAUGCCAACAUAAAUGUUUUGACAACUCUACGUUUGGUCUUCCGGAUCUCUCAAGUCCAGGGGUAUACAGAGAGUUUUGUUCAAGACCUCCUCCGCACUGGACUGAAGGCCAUGUUGAACGGGAAACCCAUCGUUGUCCCAGAUUACGGAGAGAUCAGUAGCAUCAUCCUUCUUGGGGCAAAUGGAAAAUCAUUCUGUGAGAUUGGGAAUGACACAAGUAAAUGUCCUGAAGAAACAUUCACUUGUGGUAACGGCGACUGCAUCACAAAGCUAAAUCCAGAAUGUGACUUUAUAACAGACUGUGUUGAUGGUUCAGAUGAAGCCUUUUGCUCCUGUGGAACACGUCCAGCCAUGGCUAACCGUGUUGUGGGUGGUGAAAACUCCCGUCAUGGGGAGCUACCCUGGCAAGUCAGUCUCAGACUACGUGGCUAUCAUACCUGUGGUGCAUCCAUCGUCAACAAUCACUGGCUUGUCAGCGCUGCCCAUUGUUUUGAAACAGAAAACAAUCCAAAAGAUUGGACAGCUCUUGUGGGAGCCAAUCUAGUCAGUGGAGAGGAGCAAGAAGCCACCAUAGUAAACAUCAAGUCCCUGGUUAUCUCUCCAAGCUACGAUCCCAUGACCACUGACAGCGAUGUGACCGUGUUGAAGUUGGAAACGCCGUUGACGUUCAGCUCUUAUGUUCAGCCAGUCUGUAUCCCAUCAUCCUCUCAUAUUUUCAGUGCUGGGCAGAACUGCAUCGUCUCUGGCUGGGGAACUCUUAAUCAGUACAACAGUGAGGUGCCUUCUACAUUACAGAAGGCAAUUGUGAAGAUCAUUGAUUCGAACGUUUGCAACAGGUCUUCUGUAUACAGUGGUACACUUACCCAAAAUAUGAUGUGUGCUGGUUUUCUUCAAGGGAAGGUGGACUCUUGUCAGGGAGAUUCCGGAGGCCCUCUGGUAUGUGAGGUGUCCCCUGGACGCUUUUUCUUGGCUGGCGUGGUGAGCUGGGGAGCGGGAUGUGCACAGAUCAACAAGCCUGGGGUCUACUCCCGGAUCACCAAGCUCCGCAACUGGAUUCUGAGCUACACCAAUACUGCACCAACAAUCCAAGUCACCCCCACUGUCCCUAGCGUUAAAACCACUGCAGUUCACAACACUAAAUCUAUGAACCCAUCCUCUGAGCAUGUCAGUAAUGAUUAUAACCCUGCUCCUGGGAACUGCAGUGGUAAUUAUAACUGUGGCAGAGACAUGUGCAUCAGCAAGACAAACCCAGAGUGUGAUGGAGUCAGUGACUGCCCCAAUGAUGCAGAUGAGAAAAACUGUGACUGUGGGAAUCGUCCAGUCAUUGGCCAGGAGAGGAUUAUUGAUGGCGUCACCGCCUACAGAGGUGAAUGGCCGUGGGUGGGCAGUCUGCAGUACCAAGGCACUCACCGCUGUGGAGCUACACUUGUCGACUGCAAAUGGCUCCUGACUGCAGCUUAUUGCUUCAGAGGUGACCUGAACCCCGCCAGCUGGACGGUAAGUCUCGGCUCGGUCAUUUGGUCUGGAGUGGGUGCUCUGGUGAUUCCAGUGCAAAGGAUCAUCCCUCAUCCUGCUUUCAAUAGCAGCAACAUGGACUUCGAUGUGGCCCUGGUUGAAAUGUCCAUCCUCGUCCCAAAGUCUUACACCAUCCAGACUGUGUGUUUGCCUUCUCCCUGGCAUAUCUUCAACAAAAAUAUGGAAUGCUACAUCACUGGAUGGGGUGCUGUGAGGGAGGAUGGCAUGAUAACUAAUUUGCUGCAAAAAGCACAGGUUAGUAUCAUUGAUCAGCUGGACUGCCUGGAAGCUAACGGGGCUGAACUUACCAACAACAUGAUGUGUGUUGGCUCUACGGAAGGAGACAGGGACACAUGUUUGGGAGACUCAGGGGGCCCUCUGGUGUGCCAUGAACCCCAGGGCCGGUGGUUUCUGGCUGGGGUGACCAGCUGUGGUGGACUUGGCUUCCCGGGAGUUUACAUGCAAGUCACUGCUGUCAGAGAAUGGAUAUCUACAUACCUCCUUUUUUAAGAAUACAAUCUAGAAAUAUCCUCCACCAUCAUUCUCACAAGUGACGUGCAGUCGUGUCUCUCAGCUGAAAAGAAUGCAUGAAACUCAAAAGGACAAUUUUACCAACAGGUUCCUACUGUACUGUCAAAAUAUUUAUUUUUGGUAUUUAUUAACAAUGCAUUCUGGUGUAUGAAGCAGUAGCCCUACUAAAGCUGUUGAGGUGAUUAAACCAUGCGGCCCCCACUGAAUCUGAAGACAUUUUUAACAAAGAUUUUGAAGGAAGAACCAGUGGAGAUGUUACUCUUUG